AUGUUUGCGAGACUACAGCACUGGCCUCUGCUCAUUCUGGCCUGGAUCUCUGUGGUCCGCGCACCAGAAGUGAAUCUUCCUCCAGAGCACGUUCCUGAAGUGGAUGUCCUUGCAAAUAUUCAGCAUCCCUUCCAGCAUCCAGAAGACAUCAUUCCCCAAAUUCGUGUUUGGUUCCCCCAACUACCACGACUACCACAAGUACCACAAGUACCAGACCCACAACAGGUCGUAAACAACUUUGUGGCCGAGCAGCUAGCUCCACUUGUUCCAGUAGGAGUCUACGGACAUCUGUUGGCCAUAUGGAACCUUCAACGAAACCCAGCACAUUGGAUUGUGGCCCGCGCCGGGGGCCUCAACAUUGGGCCCUUCAAGUACCUCUUUCCCGGGUUCCCACCAGUUGGCAUCGUCGAUCAGCUCAAGAUGGCGGCUUGGAUGAAUGUCAUACCGUAUGACACGGAAAUAUUCCGCAACCGCUACACCGACAAGCUCACCAACAUGUCGCUCUGCGAAAAGUACGACUUUGAAUUGCAGUUUAUUGAGAUGAUACCAGAUCCGAAGCAUGUCAAAGAUGGAGCUCAGAAUUCAACUCAAGAUACAGCUCAAGAUGAAGCUAAGAAAGGAACUCAUGAUGAUUAUUAUGAUUAUGAUUAUGAUUCAUUUGAAGACGAUGGCAGGGCUGACGUUUGUAAGCCCGUCUGCAGUGAUCACAUCCGCCGACAUCAGUAUCACGUCAGAACGCUCCAAGAUCCGUGCUUUGUGGCAAACAUCUACGCAGAUUGGGAUGUGCUCUACUGGGGUGCCAGCGUUGAGCUGGAAAACAUGGCCCGCGUGAUGCCGAACACGCUUCAGUGCAUCUGUACGACAAAGAUGACCAUCAAUCGAGUUUACAGGGAGCCUCCUCGCCCAUCCUCGUUCUCGGGCUUUCCUGACGGUCAGAAUCCAUGCAGUAAAGAAAGCAUCCUUCGUCGACUGUCAUAUGCCAGAUGGACGGCUACUGACAUAACGAAUUCACACAUCUACAGGGGACGAAUAUCACGGCGAAUUUGA